AUGAAACUCGAAAAUAGUCGAUUCCAAAGUCGACGAAGGUCGAAAGUCGAAGAAAUUCUAAAAUCGACGAAAGUUGAAAGUCGAAAUCCAAGGAAGGUCGACAUUCGGCGAAAGUCGAAAGUUCGUCGAAAGGUGAAAGUCGACGAAAUCAACGAAACGCGAAAUUCGACGAAAGUCAAAAGUCGAAAAUCGAAAUUCGACAAAGACAAAAGUAGACGAACCUCAAAAGUCGAUUUGUCGAAAGUCGACGAGAGUCGUCGAAAUUACGAAAGUCGAAAGGUCGAUGAAAGUCGACGAAAGGCGAAAGUCGACAAAAGUCGAAAGUUUACGAGAGUCGUCGAUAGUCGAAAGUUGACGGAUAUUGACGAAUGGCGAAAUUCGACGAACGUUGAAAAUCGACGAAAGUCAAAGUCGAUGAAAGUCGAAAGUUGCCGAAAUACGACGAAAAUCGAAAGUGGACGACAGGCGAAAUUCGACGAAAUCGACGAGAGUCGUCGAAAGUCGAAAUUACGAAAGGUCGUUGAAAGUCGACGAAAGGCGAGUCGAAAAUCGACAAAAGUCGAAAGUUUACGAGUCGUCGAUAGUCGAAAGUUGACGGAUAUUGACGAAAGGCGAAAUUCGACGAACGUUGAAAAUCGACGAAAGUCAAAGUCGAUGAAAGUCGAAAGUCGCCGAAAUACGACGAAAGUCGAAAGUGGACGAAAGGCGAAAUUCGACAAAAGUUGA